AAGAGGGAAGGAGAUAAGAUCUGAGAGGAGGCUGUGUGGUCUGCACUUGAAGCUACUGCACUGUGUUUGGCUGAAGAAUAGGUCACGGCAUGAUUCCACUUCCCAAGGAGCAGAGCCACAACAAAGCAGAAAUCAUAGCACCGUUGUGAUGGUAACUGCGAGGGCCAGGUGUUCACAGGCACGUGGCUGGGAUGGGGUCCCUGGGGCAGCUCCCUGGAACCUGCUACUGAGUUCUCACAUUCAACAGGAGACAUUCAUCCGGGGUCCCUGCCUACGCCAGACAACCUCAGGAAGGCUUGUCCGCCGCUCCCCCAGGGAACUUGCACUCCUGGGGGAGCUGCACAGGCUUUCCCAUCAAGGGGUGGAGCCUCUUUCUUCACACCUUGAAUUCCAGGCGGGCCUCAUGACUUGCUUUAACCAGAAGAACAUGGUGGAAGUGACUUGUGGGGUUCCAGAUCCUAGAUCUCAAGGCCUCGCUGCUUCUACCUGUGCCCUUUGGAAAGCUUCUGCAUCGGGAACAGAAGCCCUGGGUGUUGGGGAUCUGCACCUUGUUGAACAAGACGGGAGAAGCCCCAGCCUCAUCUGGGAGAAGAUAGGCAAUAAGACAGCCUGCCCUAUGAUGGUGCCGUUGGGGAUCAAAGGUACAGGAUGAUGUUUGGUGAACAACAAGGGGCCUUACAAACUGAAAUGAAGAAGAAUGACCCAACUAGGAGAUGGGCUGAAUAGUGGAGGAAGGAAGAGAAUCCCAAGCUCUGCAACCUGCAUUCAUGGUACUUCCCCCCAUCUGUAUCUACUCACGGAGGUUGCCAAAAUUCUUUCCUUGCAUUUGACUUUUCAACAUAUUGUUUCCCUCUUGGAUCUCAUUCAGAAAUUGUUAUAUUAUUGGGCUUACGUUCUAGAACGUGCAGAAACAGCAAAGGAACAGAGUCGCUUUAGAUCACACGACAGCCAGUUCCAUUUCUAAAAAACACAUUCUAAAACGCGAUCAACUCUCGCAAAGUCCCACCUGAAUUCACUGGGGAAAGAAGGUAAGAAAAUAGUCUUCAAACUACAGAAUGUAUUUUUAAGGAAACGCAGCUUUAUUACUUUCAAGUACAAACAAUAACUUGGACUUGACUAACCAAAUGUUGCCUAAUUGAGAGAACCUGCCUUAAUGUAUAGACAUCAAUGAUUUAUAGUUAGCACAAUCACUCACAGUAGAAUGCUUCCACACGAUGCGUGAAAGUAACUUCUCAUCUUAUAAAGACAUCUUGUCCCACAUUCUCUCCACUAUCUGCUCACGCAGUCCCUUUCUCCUCCCACCCCACAGACACUUCAGAUGCAAACUUCACCUCCUUCCCCCUAGAUCACAAUAGACAUCAAAUUAGUGAAACAUGAGAAGAUACAUUUUGACCACGUUGCUACAGACGUCGGAUUGGUGAGACCAGCCUUUUUCAACCUGAGCGCUCUCGUCGAGAGUACGAAGUCUAAAUUAGUCGAAAUGCGUCUGUUCACAAUGUGAGUAGAGGGACACAGGGUUAAUUGUGAGCUUUUGUCAUCUGCGUUAAUAGUUUUCCAGGUUGAAAUAUGCAAAAACAUUUUUCUCUGAGCACAUUCAUGAAGCGCAGACGUAGCUGGGUUCUCUAGGCGGCGACGACAGCACGGGGUUACGACUCGUCGGGACCGUAAUACCAACUGGAAGCGACCGAAGUCCCCUGUCGUAGGAAGACCGGAGACACCCUGAAACAACUCGACAGCCAACACCCGUUUGAACGGAGCACGAUCAUUCAGCCUGAUAAGGGAGUGGUACAAAGACUACCCAGGACUCCACCGGAGGAUUUAUUCUGGGGAACACUUUCCUAGAGUAGGCACAAGGGACCCUCUGCUCCCACGCUGCCGAAGACGCCUAGUGGGCAUUUCUGCCCAAGACGCUAACCUGCUCUUGCCAUCACACUCUGUCUGGGGGCCGCGUAAUCCUCUGGGGUGUCUUGCAAAUAUCGUGGCCAGCACCGGCCUAACCAGGUAGGAAGGCUGUGGCACGGGGACAGACCUCAAGAGCUUCCCUCCUGCCCUGACAAAUCCCAUGUCCCUAAAGGCAAAGGGGACCGUGUGGCCCGCCCCAGACGGCGUCCUAGAGCAGUGAUCUGAUUCUGCGCGUUUCCCGACUGAGGAGGGCACCUGCAGGUCGCCCAGGCCUGCCAGACGCCAAGCGGAGGCCCCGAGACUGGUAGAGCGAGUGGCGGUGGAAGCUUCACCUCCAGGCCCCCAAGAAGCCAGGGUGCACCGUCCCCGCUUCGAGGAGCUGGCCGCGUUUGGCCAGAGCAGCGGCGGAAAACCCGGCUGCACCUCCAUCCUUCGCCAUUUCUGUUAGGUCGAAAUGCCGAACCGAACAAGCCACUUCUCGUCUAAAAUGAUACCGUUUACAAAAAUAUUUCUUUUCUCCUGAAGGGGUUUUACAAAUGCAGAGCAGUGACCACUCUCCCGAGCGCAAACACUGGAAUGAUUACAUCACCCUCAUCCACACUUCGCCGAGUGUCUGCAAUGGCCACAAGGGUCUUUUUUAACUGUGAAAAAUGAGGCGCGAUCUAAAAUUUAGUCACAGUAUUUAUUCCCUACCUUCCACUUAGAAAAAGCUAUCCAAACGUGUGCACCUUCCCGUGGAACUUUUCAAAGUCUAGCCCCACCCCUGAAAAGAAGGCUUCCUUCCUAUUCCUCUGACAGGUCUGAAGGUCAGCCUGGUAUCAGUUUUGCCGAAUUUGACUUCUUACUUCAAACAACGGGGCUGGAGGAAAUGACUUUGCUUUGGAAUGUUAGAACUUCCCACUCCCUCAGCUCUCCUGGACCCCCAGCCCCACCCUUAUGGAGCUGAGAGGUGAGGAGCCCCUCCCUCCCACCACACAUCUUCACUCAAGAAAUCCAACGCUCAUCAAGAAAGGAUGGAGUCUAUGUGCUCAGGACUUGCGAAUUUUUCAGAAAUGAGCAUGUUCACAAAAGAGGAAAAGGCAGCUGCCUCCCCUCCGAGCUAAGGGAGCGUAAGUCAGGGCGCGGGGAAGACACAACCUUGUAAGGCAAUGAAAGGGGACUAAGAAACUACAGCUUUAGCUACCUCCUCCCCACCCUCUGAUGCUCCAGUUUGCUUUAUUCUUUCAAAGGACGCGUUAGCUCUUCAUUUUCACAAAAGCCGGUCAUUGUAUGGCUAAAUCCGGCAUCUAUAAAGCACUGAAAUAACCCGCUCAGGUGGAACGAAGGCCUUUGGUGAGGAGGAAUCUAAGUGAGGACUCCAACCACUCCCUCAAGUACUGCUGUCCCAACCAGCUGCGCCACGCUACCUGAUGGGAACUUCGGUGUCCACUGAAAAUUGAAAUGGGACGUGCCGUAAAAGUGCCAGGUCGGUCAUU